CUCUCUCUCUCUCUCUCUCUCAAACACACACACACACACACACACACACACACACGCGCGGACGCGGACGCACGCAAACGCGCAUCACUAUUUGGAACGGGGGAGCGAACUAAGGAUCAACCGCCACGAGGGUCCACCUCUUCUUCUUCAUUUCACUUGGCUCAUUCAUUUUAUUUGAGCAGAAAAUAAACAUCGCAGCUGAAAAAGGACACGAAUAACAAAUAAAAAGAAGAAGAAAAAGAAAUCAACUUUGGAUAAUAACAUUUCCGCAAAUGCUCUUUUUGUGGUCGUAUUGUUUUUGAAGUGACACUGGACUUUUUUGCACCCCCUCGACUGCAGGGAGUUACUUGUCCACGUGUUUUGGAUGUUGACACCUCGCUCCUUUUCGUUAUCUCUCUAUUUGUACAGAGGAAGCGAUAGAGCCGAGCGCAGAGGCACCUGCGCGCCCAUAGAUUUAUAGUUGGCUUUUUCUGUGUUUAUUUGUAUCUUUUUUUUACGGAUCGACGGAGAAGCAGCAGAGGACUGUAAGAUUGACAGGGAGAGAAAAAGUCCGCGUUCAUGUUUGGGAUUCAGGAGAGCAUCCAGAGGAGCGGGAGUAGCAUGAAGGAGGAACCGAUCGGCGGUAUGAACGCGGUGCGCUCUUGGAUGCAGGGAGCCGGUCUACUGGACGCCACCACCGCCGCACAGAGUGGUGUAGGUUUGGCCCGAGCUCACUUUGAGAAGCAGCCUCCUUCAAAUCUGCGCAAAUCCAACUUCUUCCACUUUGUGCUGGCUCUGUAUGACAGACAGGGGCAGCCCGUGGAGAUUGAGCGCACUUCUUUCGUUGGAUUUGUCGAAAAAGAAAAGGAACCGACCGGUGAAAAGACAAACAAUGGCAUUCAUUACAAAUUGCAGCUUCUCUACAGUAACGGUAUAAGGACAGAACAAGACUUCUAUGUACGAUUGAUUGACUCCAUGACAAAACAGCCUAUUAUUUAUGAAGGUCAAGACAAGAAUCCAGAGAUGUGCCGGGUGCUGUUGACACAUGAGAUCAUGUGCAGCCGCUGCUGUGACAAGAAGAGUUGUGGCAACCGCAACGAGACGCCUUCUGAUCCCGUCAUCAUAGACAGAUUUUUCCUAAAGUUCUUCCUGAAGUGCAACCAGAACUGUCUAAAGAAUGCAGGGAACCCAAGAGACAUGCGACGCUUCCAGGUGGUGGUAUCUACGACGGUCAGCGUGGAUGGUCAUGUUCUGGCGGUCUCUGAUAACAUGUUUGUACACAACAACUCUAAACAUGGCCGCAGGGCUCGCAGACUCGAUCCCUCAGAGGGAACCCCCUCAUACUUGGAACAUGCCACACCCUGCAUUAAAGCCAUCAGUCCCAGUGAGGGCUGGACCACCGGAGGGGCCACUGUUAUUAUCAUCGGGGACAACUUCUUUGAUGGGUUGCAGGUCAUAUUUGGUACCAUGCUGGUCUGGAGCGAGCUUAUCACACCCCAUGCCAUUCGGGUACAGACUCCCCCCAGGCACAUCCCUGGGGUGGUAGAAGUCACUCUAUCCUAUAAAUCCAAACAGUUCUGUAAGGGAACACCAGGCAGAUUCAUCUACACAGCACUGAAUGAGCCCACCAUUGACUAUGGCUUCCAGCGGUUACAGAAAGUCAUCCCCAGACAUCCAGGUGAUCCUGAACGCUUGCCAAAGGAAGUGAUUCUCAAGAGAGCAGCAGACCUUGUAGAAGCCCUGUAUGGGAUGCCUCACAAUAAUCAGGAAAUCAUUCUGAAGAGAGCGGCUGACAUAGCUGAGGCACUCUACAACGUACCACGCACCCAUAACCAGCUCUCCGGUCUGGCAAACAGCUCUGUGCACACUGGCAUGAUGGGUGUCAACUCAUUCCAUGGCCAGCUUGCUGUCAACGUCUCUGAAUCCACACAGGGAGCCAAUCAGGGUUUCAGUCGGAACACAAGUAGUGUGUCUCCUCAUGGUUAUGUGCCCAGCACAACGCCCCAGCAGAGCAGCUACAGUACUGUGAGCACAAGUAUGAAUGGAUAUGGUAACAGUGGCAUGACCACGCUAGGCGGAUCACCCAACUUCCUAAAUGGCUCAGCCGCCAAUUCCCCUUAUGCCAUCGUGCCCUCCAGUCCCACUAUGGCCUCCUCCACCAGCCUACCCUCCAACUGUAGCAGCUCCUCAGGCAUAUUCUCUUUCUCGCCGGCCAACAUGGUGUCAGCUGUUAAACAGAAGAGUGCUUUUGCCCCAGUGGUGCGUCCCCAGGCAUCACCACCUCCCACCUGCACCAGUGCCAACGGCAAUGGUCUCCAAGUAGAUCAGUCUUUUGUGGACUCUAGCAAGUAUUCCACAGCCAGCUCCCUGCAGGGACUGGCCUUCUCCUGAACGAUCAGUGGAAUGAUCGUUCCUCCAAUGUAGUGGCUCCUGGGCUGCUGAUGAGACACGUUUUAUAUCAGCUCAUGCUCUAAACCCCAUCAGCCUGGACCCUGAAGCUCUGCCUGUCUCCAUGAGGACAAGGGGGAAAAGAAAACAAGAUAAACCCCAACUUUGAAAACUCAGGCCUUUUUACAAGGAAUUUGAAAUGAAGGGAAUAGUGUGGGGUGUUGGUUUGAUUUUUUUUCUAAAUUCAUUUUUAAAGUCAAAGUCGUUUUGAAGCGAACAUUAUAUGCAUUUUAUACAGACUGUACCAUACACACAGACACACAUAUACACACACACACACGACACUAUGAAAGCAGCUUCAUCUGUAACGUUCCUGUUGUAUAGCAGUGAGGGGAAAAUUGAGGUUCUGUUUAACAAGUGAAUUUAUGUUUUAUGUUUUUGAGAUGUUUAAGAAAUUUAUAAUACUGGACAACUGUGUAAACAGGUGUUUUUCUGUACAAACUAAAUGAAAAUGAACUCUUUAUCAUGGCGCUAGUCCAUGGCCAAAAAACGAUGUUUGCCAUACAUGUUGCUUUUUGAUUUUUUUUUUGUUAUGUUUUAACCGCCAUAUUCGUAAUCUUUUGUAUUGCUUGUCCAGGUACAUUGGAUUGAUCAUCUGUUUUUAUGGACAGGAGAGCAAUUUAAAAUGCAUUCACAAGCCUUCUUGCCCACUGUGAAGAGCCCAGACCCACAUCCUGCUCCCAGGGAGGAGUUCCUCAGGAGUAGAGAUUUUGUUUUGAAAUGAAUCCAUAUUUAUAUUUGUUGAAAAAUAAUUUGCUGCUCAUCAGUGCCAGAAUCUGUAGUGAGGAAAAUACACUAUGAGUUGCUAUGCUGUGUUAGCUUUGAAAAUCUUUUUCCAUGUCCUAAGGGAUGUUUGUUUGAGGCACCAUAAUGAAGUCAUAAGAAACUUGCCAAUAUAUUUGAAUUUGAAUGUUUACUGGUUUAGUUCAAAUGAAAAAGAACAAAUACCACAAGCUUGUGAUUAUUACAUUUUGUCCAUGUGUCAUCUGUGCUGUGAAGGAUCAAAUGAAGAUGAGGAAGACGUCCGUUCUGGCUGCUAAAACAACCAUGAAGAAAAUGAACAGAGGAUGUUACUGAUCAGUCUGGCACUCUAAUGGCCUGCUCUUUAAAAAGUGUUCAAACCUUCAAAAAUUUAAUCAGUGCUCUCUGCUAGUCAACUCUUUUGUAUAUAUACUUUUUUUAAAUGGUUACCUAUAUUUAUAUAUUGAAACAUCUUCGGGCAGCUUUUCAGUUCAGCCUCCACAGUGAUCUGUAUUCUAAUCUGAUCUUACUAAAUCAACCCUCUCACUGACUGUAGUAAGGAAAGAACAACAGGAACAGGAAGCAACAUAAGUCAGCAAAUUACAAACAGAUUCUCUAAAAUGUUCAUAUACAGGCUGUAUGUAAAGUUUGUACAUUGCUUUUUCUCCCCUCAUUUCAUUCGACUGUGUAAGUUUAUCUGUGAUCAUGUGCCGUUGUACUUGCCACCUUCGUUUGUCUUUUUGUUUGUUUGUUUGUUUGUUUGUUUGUUUGUUUGUUUUAAUGUACAUCAUGGAUUGUUUGUGUUUACUUUUCAUGUUUGCCAUGCUCUCAUUUUUUAGUUACAUUCAUGAAAAAAAAUCCAUUGUCUAUUUUUGUAUAAUUUGUAAGUUAAGAAUUUGUUUCAUUUUUGGAUUUUUUUUUAAAGUAUGGAAAAAAGUAGCAUCUUAUUCUGAUAGCAUUUAGUAGUGUAGAUUUUUAAAAAUAUAUAUAUAUGAUGAAUAUAUAAAUCUAUAACUUUUUUUCUCGUUGAGGCUUACAGAAGUUGAUACUGUUAAACUAAUAAUAUGCAUGGGCUCUUCUCUCCUGAGAGUGACAGUUCCAUUUUGUGUGUUGAAACCGGAGGGGAUUUUUUUUUUUUUUUUUUUUUUUUUUUUUUUUAUUAAAUAUGAAAAUACUUUCUUUCUCUUUUGGGGUUUACUUUCCUAUGCUUCUCUAUUCUUUUUAUUUGACAAUUAUUUAUGCCUGCUUGUAUAUCUGUAUAUUUCUGUCUUAAUCUUUUCACUUUACCAGUACCAGCAGUUUAGAUGCCUUAACAAUGCAAGCUAAUAAGCAUACAAUCACUUGCACAGUCCCAUCGCCACCAUUCAACAACGCCAUCAACUUACAUAUGGGACAGUUUUAUCACAUCGAAAAAAGCACAAAUUGGGCAGUUUUACAUAAAUACUGUUAAUAAGACCCCGCUAGUCAAAGCAGGGAAAGGUUAAAUUUAGGGUUUGAGGGGAAUUAUUUUAUUUUUAAAUUUUUUGUAUUGGUUUGGAUUAUGAAGGAUAAUGUGGAAGCUGAUGUUGUGUAUGAAGAGACUGUAUGAUUCAUAUUUAAUGUGUGUAGCUAUGUAUUUUGGAAGGGGAAAUGGGAGCACUUUAUUAUUAAUUUAAAACAAAAACUGCCUUUUUUAAUUUUGUUUGUGUUUUAUUUAGUGUGUGAGUGGGGGAAACCCUAAAAAAAGCCAUAGCGUUUAAGCCAGGAGUUCACAUUUAGCUCACAGAGUGCCGAUCUGAUGGUGUAACUCUGCAGAUGGUAGCACACUUUACUCUGUGUGUGUGCGUAUGUAUGUAUGUGUGUUUGUGAUGUCUUUGUGCUGCAGUAAGUAGCACUGACAUAUUUCUCCCUCUGGAGUGAGAGGUCUGAAUGUCAGAGCACAACAUGUUGCGUCUCAGGCUCUUGCACUAACUGUUUGCGUCGACAUUAACACACUUUCUUCUGCCAGCCAAAUUGCCUGUUGGAACUAUAUUGCCAACAGAGCCUCGAGUGUUUAGGCUUUAAUGUGCAUGGCCCUUUGUGAGCAGAAUAAAGUGCUUCUUUCCGUAGUGUGUUACCAUCAAACAUAGAAUACGGCUUUUCCUGAACCAAUGUUGAGUCCGUCCGUCCGUCCCCCCCCCCCCCCCCGUCUCUCUUUAUUAUAUCUCUCUCACUCUGUGUGUGUGUGUGUGUGUGUGUGUGUGUGUGCUUGUGUGUACUUUAUGACAGAAGCCACUGAUGACAGAGCAGCAUUUGGGCACUUCUUUCACAUUCUGACAGUUUCUGAGUGGAAACAAACCUUUCCUUUUAUAUAAAUUAGAAAUCUGUGGCUGUCCUGCAAUGGUCUCUUUACUCUCUGUACGUACAGUACAUGUUUCCAUUUUAAUGAUCAGGAUGCACAGCUGAUGAAGCAACAAGCAUUUGAUAUAACACAAUACUCAAACCAAAAAAAAGCUGGUCCCCAUUUUUUUUCCUUUCCUCUACUCUUUUGUUUUUGCUCGGUUUUUUUUUGUUUGUUUGUUUGUUUGUUUGUUUGUUUGUUUUUAUGUUUUUUUUUUUUUUUGUCAUGUCUUUGAAUGGAUCCACACUGAGCAGUUCUGUUGACAAAAACUACUGUAUAGAUUGUUAUCAUUUUUUUGGAUGAAGGCUGUAAAAUAACUUUUAAAAUUAACAAUAUUAAAUUAAAGUUACUUCUUGUCUGUGA